UCAUUACUUUGCCGGCCGGCCACAUCCCACAGUGUAUUUAUUGAACGACUCACCAGUAAAGGCAGCCAUUUGCUUAAAGAAUUGUUGUGUGGGCCGUUGCGUCGAUAAUUUCGUUUAAUCAACGCACUUGUUUCAGCCUUUCUCUUUUUAAUAUUUCCAACAAACCAAAUCAGUUCCACAAAUAUGGAUUCUUCUGCUGUAUCUUCGGCUAUUGCCAAGUUCUCCAUGCAGUUCUGCAAUGAGCUGGAUAAAAGCAAGAGUGUGAUAUCUUCCCCCCUGUCGGCUGAAAUUCUCCUGGCACUCCUUUCACUUGGGUCCUCUGAACCAGCCCUUCCAGAGCUUCUGGGAGCCAUUGGAUUUCAAGAUACUGAUGCAAUCCGCUCGUCAUUUUCACUUGUGUCAUCAAGACUGAAAUCUGUUAAGGGAGUAACAUUGGAUGUAGCCAACCGGGUUUACUUACAACAGGGCCAUGAGCUGGAUCCCAAGCUUAAAGAUGAUGCGGUCAAAGUCUUUGAUGCGGCACUUGAGCCCAUGGACUUUUCUAAUGGUGCUGCUGCAGCUAAACUUAUUAAUGACUGGGUGGAGAGUAAGACUAACAACAAAAUCAAGGAUCUCAUAUCGGAAGACUCUCUCAAUGCCCUCACUCGACUCGUACUUGUCAAUGCUCUCUACUUUAAGGGUAAAUGGAAGCAUCAGUUUAGGCCCCAUAACACCAUGGACAAACCAUUCUAUGUGAAGAAGGACACUACUGUGGAUAUUCCGAUGAUGUAUAUUGAAGAGCAAUUCAGAUAUGGAGAGAGUGAAACAUUAAAUGCACAGCUACUGGAGAUGCCGUAUGAAGGCGACGAGGCGAGCAUGGUGAUCGUGCUGCCCAAGGACAUCGAGGGUCUCGACACGGUCCUCAAGCAACUGGCUUCGGGCGUCGACCUCGUCCAGGAGCUGAACAGCAUGAUCUCCACCAAGGUGCAAGUCACCAUUCCCAAGUUCAAGAUAGAGACCGAGAUCGACCUUAAGGAACUGCUGCCUAAGCUAGGCAUCAAGGCCAUCUUCGACGAAAAGAACUCUGGCCUAACCAAGAUUUUGGACAGCACUGAGCCCCUGUACGUGUCCAAGGCUAUACAGAAAGCGUUCAUAGAGGUGAACGAAGAGGGCGCGGAGGCGGCUGCGGCUACCGUUGGAGCCAUCCGCACGCGACGCGCGGCGCCGCUGGACCCGCGCGUUUUCACCGCCGACCGGCCGGCGCUCUGGUGCCUGAAGUUCGGCAACCACGUGGCUUUCGCGUCCUGGUACCAGCCGACCGCUAGGGCCCCGCGCUCUGACCUAUAAGCGCCAAAAACUAACGUGAAGGCAUGGUCCUUAUGGCGCGGUGCGGCUUCGUGAUGAACUUCUCCUUCGUGGCCGACCGGCCCUUCCUGUACGUGCUGGCCGGCAGCGACAAGGCUCCGCUCUUCCUCGGACUCUACAAAGGAAACAACUAGGCCU